AUGGCAAUCACUUUGAGAGGUGGUAAAAAGAUGAGUGAAGAACCUCCAAAGGCAACUAAGGAGAAAUUUCUACCAACAUCAAGUAACUCAAUCAUUCCCAUGGAAAAAAAAGAUGAGCUUGAGGAGAAGGCAGAGGAGGAAGAAUAUGUUGAUGACAAUGAAGAUAAACUGAAGAACAAUUUAGCCAUGCAAAACACAUCAAUUUGGUUCUCAAAAAUGAUAUCUUUACAAGCAGAGAUCAGCACUACUAUCUUAGUUUCUGUAGUUUUACCCAUUUUCUACAUCCUCUCGUUUGCUAAUUCUGACUACAACUUGCUCCCUCCUUAAUAAGAAACUGAAAAGAAAGUCACUGUAGCUGUAAAUGUUGUAGCUACAAUCCCUUCAAAGCUAGUUGAUGGAGGUACCCUACUUCUAAAGAAAUUUGGGGUUGGAAUUCUUUGGGCUGCUUAUGUUUGUAUGAUUUUGACAACGUUAUUGAUUGUGUCUGGGAUUUUGGGAUUUGGGUUAGUGAGGAUGUGGAUGGAAGAGCCUGUGGUUUUGAGAGAGGAGCUGUAUUUUGAUUAUGCAGAUGUUCAUCCAAAGGCUGUGUUUUCUUUCCGUGGAAGAAUGGAAGGUUAUAAUCAUAAUGAUCAUAGUAAUAUUGGCGUGUCUGUUGGGCAUACAAUGUAUGUUUCUUUGUUUCUACUGAUGCCUGAAUCUGAUUUUAACAGAUACAUUGGUGUUUUUCAGUUGGUUGCAGAAUCAUUAUCAAAAGAGGGGCGGGUAAUGGCAAGGUCAAGUCAUCCGUGUAUAUUGCAAUUCAGAAGCCUGCCAAUCCGUCUAAUGCAAAACUUUAUGAUGAGUGUUCCCCUAGUACUUGAACUUACAGCUGAAACGCAGAGGAUUAUCGUUCCAAUAUUAAAGCACACAGAAAGUCUUCGAAGGACAGAAGCAAUCAGAAUAACUAUGAUGCCUCGAGUUGGAACUUUGGCCUUGCUUCAACUCUAUCAGUCAGAGAUCAUAUUGCAAUCUCAGCCUCCUUGGUAUAAAAACUUGGUUUACAAGUGGAAAUGGACAUUUUCUGUCUGGACCUCGAUGUAUUUGUAUGUCACUAUGCUCCUAAUUCUUCUCAACUGGUGCAGACCGCUCAUUUUUCUGGGGAUAGCGACAAGCUUUAUGACUACCGCUGAUGUGGAUUUAAUAGUAGAAGCACCCGAAGAACCAUAAGAGAAGGCUCGAGAAAAAAGUGAUGUGUCCGUGUCGGUCAAAAGAUGGCACUAGAGCAGAAGAAAGAGGAAGGAGAUGCUUCAACGAAGUGUGUCAUGGGAGCUCACGGAUGAUUCUGUAUCAAGCAUUUCCAUAUUUAGGGAAGACAUAGCUGAUUCAAGCGACUGUUUCAGUAGUUAGAAGCGUGCGCUUUCCUAUGUCUAGCAUAAAUUUCAGGAUCUUGUUCUUUGAGCAACCAAAUCACAAGAGUUAAGAUUUUCUGUAGAUAGAGAAGUUUACGAUGUCGACUUUGGACACAGUUGGGUGUAUGUAGUGGAUAUGGUUGAACUGUAAGGUUUCCAAAACUCUUGCAAUUUACAUGAGGUAAAACCAUAUAACCUUUGUCCCAAG